UUUCUCGUUUCUUGUGCAGCCUCACUUUAACUGCCCAUCCUGCGCUUCACCUUCACCCUCACCUUCACCUCCAUCAUCAUGGCCAAUCCCCUCGUUUUGCGACCAACAGCGCGCUCUACAUAGCGACGACAUCACAACAGUCAUUCCUUCUCAGCCAUCGACUACUCUUCGACUUUCGCCUACUUCUCGUUGUGGACCUCAAUCUACCUUCCCCGGGUUCAGCAGCGUCACCCUGGUACUACCUAGACGAUAUGCGCUCAAUGUCACACCGGUGACGCGACAGCUCUACCCAUAAUACUCCCUCAAACCCAAACAGAUGGCUGGAAGACCCUCUACCGCAAGGAGUGAAAUCUCUUCUGCCAUUUCCGACGAUGGAUUCGGUUCGCGACCGCAGUCGGGCGUCAAUCCCUUACCUUCCUUGCCAAACCCUCCUGCUUCUCAACAUGGCUACGCUCAUUUAAGGGGCAUCACUCAGCCCACAAAUCGCUCUGUAAGGAGCAAUCCUGCACCUUCGAGUACGGCCGGGUCCAGCAGACCACAAAGCCCUGUCAGUCAGGCCAGUCGCACCCAUGUCCCAUCACUGACGGCACAAGGCUUCUUCAAGCCCAUGAGCUCGCAAAGAUUGCAGGCGCAAAGAUUGAAAAGACCUCUGGGAACCAGGACCAUGCAACCUCCUGUUCCAAUACCAGAUGGGGAAGGCGAUGAUGAUGCUCGGAGUCUGGCGUCUAGCAGACAGGGACCGUUUCAUGCAAUGCCGAAGAACCAUCGACCAGCGCCCUCAAUCACGACCGAAGACACUCAAUCAGAAGCGCCCGAGACUGUCGAUGCGCCGUUUCCCGACUAUUCUUCUCAUAAUGAUGGGGACACAGUGCUGGUUGGCGGAGCCAUCCCAGAGAAACAACAACACCGUCCUUCUCGACUCAACAUAGCAAGCACUCACAAAGUUGGUGACCCACCUCAACGGUCGCCGCUUUCAUUCCGAUCUGGUCUCAGUUUGGGAAGUAAACAUCGUUUGGAAGCCGGCCAUCAACAUCUUCCGUCAACCACCACUUCCCCUCGGUAUGCACCGGAGACAAAUGCAGAGGUGGCACGCCGAAGCGCGUUGGGCAAGAACUAUGAGUACUUCGAGGGUAACACCAUCUUCUGGUGGGGUGGACGUCUUCAAAACGCCCGUGAUCGACCUAUCAAUGUGCUCACUGGGGUAGUCGUGGUCCUCCCAGCAGUUCUCUUUUUCGUUUUCUCAGCUCCUUGGCUGUGGCAUCACGUUUCGCCAGCGAUCCCUAUUAUUUUCGCAUAUCUCUUUUUCGUUUGUUUGUCUUCGUUUCUCCACGCGUCACUCGUUGACCCCGGGAUAUUUCCUCGAAAUAUUCACCCUUUUCCACCAGAGGAAAUCGACGACCCAUUAGCCCUCGGACCGCCGACUAACGACUGGGUCAUGGUCCGACUGGCAACUUCUACUACAGCAGCGAUGGACGUGCCAGUCAAGUAUUGCAAGACAUGCAAUAUUUGGCGGCCGCCUCGUUGCUAUCAUUGCCGUGUUUGCGACAACUGUGUCGAAACUCUGGACCACCAUUGUGUCUGGAUCAAUAACUGCGUAGGGCGACGCAACUACCGUUACUUUUUCGCCUUUGUCAGCACAGCGACUCUUACAGGUCUUUUCCUGGCGUUUGCGUCUCUGGGUCAGGUCAUCGCCUAUCACAAUCAGAGACACGUUUCAAUCGGGACAGCAAUAGACAAAAACCGAGUCCCGUUCGCCAUGUUCAUCUAUGGUCUUCUUGGCUUCCUGUACCCGUUGUCGUUGUGGAUUUACCAUUUAUUGCUUACAGCGAAAGGCGAGACAACGCGAGAAUAUCUUGCAUCUCGAAGAUUCCCUAAAGCUGAACGACAUCGUCCGUUCACACAAGGCAAUUUUAUCAAGAACUGGAUCUCGGUUCUGGCUAGACCGAAGCCUCCAACUUAUGUUCAUUUUAAGAAGCAGUAUGAAGAGGGAGACCAGCGGUUUGGGUCACGGAGGGGCCAGCGUCAAGCCAAAUUGAAUGGCGAGGCACAGAAUGGAGGGAUGGAAAUGAAGCCAGUGCAAGGAGCACCGAAGACUUUUGAAGGUCCCACAGGAAGAAUCCCCAAGAAGUGAGCGAGAUGAAUCUGUACAGUAAUUGGCUCUUGAGCAAGUGUAUAUCAAUUCGAGAGAGAACCCAUCCAUUAUGCACCCGAGGUCUGAUAAUGAGGUGAAACAGUUUCGCCAGCGC